AUGAGUGCGCUUUUUCAGGAAGACGUCGAACUUCCCCAGCACAGACACAACCAGCCCCCAAUCCUGGCUGCGGACAGCGUCCUGGGCGCUCCGCUGCUGCAGGCCUUCGGCAAGCUCGAAACGGACCGCACUCUGGCUCUGGGCCAGCUCGGACCGCCUUCGAGUGGCCAAAAGCACCGGCAUUCUGGUGCAGCCGAAACGCAAGCGCCCCCGCCGACAGCGGCGCGUGGUGGCCGCGGCGUGCUUCAAGGACUGCAGAUGCGAGUGAAGCCACGUGCGCGAGCGGGUGGCGCUCAUAGACGCCGCGCGAUCACGGCGGUGCCUCCGGCGGCGAGAUCCGGUGGAGCCAUCUCCCUCCCCGCCGCCAAAGAGCUGCGCACGCCAGUGGUUCGCAGCGGCGGGCAGCGCGCCGACUCGGCGCGCUGCGGCCGAGGGCCUUCAACUGAGACCGCCAUCGCACUCGCUGAGAAAGUCGCCGCGCAAGGGCAGCUCGCCCCAGAGACGAAGCGCGUCCAUCCGACUCUACCGGCGCUUCAGUCCGGCUACUAA